AACUAAAAUUGCCCACUAGCUUCUGUAAAAGUUAUUUGCUGCACAUAUAUAUAGCUAGUAUCCAGCGAUUCUAUUCCAAUUCAUUUGAUAAGCAAAACUUGAUAGAUGGAUAGGCAAGCACAAAAGAUUUUAGAAGUAACAGUUGUCUCAGCUGAGGAUUUACGUCGUAAUAGCCGGUGGGUUAAAAAUACACUUGUAGUUGUACAAACAGAUUAUUCCACCAAUCAUCGUUCUACGAGUAUCGAUACCGAGGGUGGUAGCUACCCUUCAUGGAAUGAGAAGAUAGAGUUGCCAUUAUACCACAAUGUCCGAUUUAUCAGAGUGGAGGCUCAGUAUAAAACCAGUUCUGGUGCAAAAAUGAUGGGAGAAGCAAAGAUUCCAAUUUCUGAUUUCUUGGGAAGUUAUUUCCCUCCUUUUUAUUUACAUUUCUUAAGUUAUAGGCUGAGGGAUCGUGCUGGCGAGCCUAACGGUAUUAUUAAUCUCUCGAUUCGAGUAGUCGAACCACCACAACGAUAUCCUGGUGGAAUUGCCAUAGGAUACCCAGUGUCAUAUGGGUCUAAGGUCUAAAGUUAUGUGAAUUACAUCUAUUUUGGAUUCAUUUUUUUUUUUUUAAUUGUGUUUGGUUGAAUUGUAAAGACAUGAAAAUUAAAGUUUGGGAAAAUGGGUUAGUUCAA